AAAGAGCAUUCUAAGUGUGACAUUGUUGAAAACAAUAUGUGUGAAACUUUUAAUUCUUGGAUACUAGUUGCUAGACAUAAGGCUAUCAUAACUAUGCUAGAGUAGAUUAGGCACAAGAUAAUGGACAGAAAUAUUGCAAUGAGGCAAUUUGCUGAAACUUGGAUCUCAGAUAUCUCUCCUAUGGCUAGACUAGUACUAGAAGAGAACAAAGAUCUUGCUAGAUUUUGUGAAGUUAGAUUCAAUGGUGAUAUUGGGUAUGAAAUCUUAGAUGGUCAAUACAGACAUAUUGUUGAUAUAAGAAAGAAGACAUGUACAUGUAGAACAUGGCAAUUGAGGGGCAUACCAUGUCAACAUGCUGUGCUUGCAUAUCAGCACAAAGGCAUAGAACCUGAACAUGAAGUGGUACAUUGGUAUAGGAAAGAGACUUCUUUGAAGGCUUAUAAUCAUUUUCUACAGCCAAUACCAAACAUGAAAAUGUGGCCUCACACUAGUGGUGUAGUGAUUGAACCUCCUGAACCAAAAGUCAUGCCUGAUAGGCCACCAAAGUGCAGAAGAAAGGCAAAGAAUGAGCCUAGAAAAAAGUAUGGAAAGUUAUCCAAAAGAGGAGUAAAAAUGACAUGUUCACUGUGUCAUCAAGUAGGCCACAACAAAAAAUCUUGUCCAACAUUGGCUGAAAUGGGACAAACUGGAGGCUACCCAAACAGGAAACCAAGCUCAAGCCAACCAUCACUGUCUAGCCAACCAUCAAGCUCAAGCCAGCCACCACUUUUUAGCCAACCAUCAAGCUCAAGUCAGCCACCACUUUUUAGUAGACCAUCAAGCUCAAGUCAGCCACCAGUAUUCAAUCAUCAAGGUAGUUCUAUGUGUUUUGAUUCUUCAGCUGUUAGAACAGAGCAACAACCUGCUAAAAGCAGAGGCACAUGCAGAGGUAGAGGCACUGGGAGAGGCACUGGGAGAGGUACUGACAGAGGAACUGGUAGAGGCACUGGGAGAGGUACUGGCACUGCCAGUGAAAUUGGAAGAGGCAGUGUUUUCAACAUUGGAGGUGUAUCAAGUCAGCAACCUGAUCAACCAAGGGCUGUGGAAGCUUCAAUAUCAACAGGAAGACAAAAAAGGACCAAGACUAUAGGAUUUGGCAUCUAUACAAAUGCAAGUGGUAGUCAAACCUUUAAUCCUGGUACUUCAGGAGAAAAAGUUAUCAAUUCGAGAGUUUAUAAGGAUGCAUCUCCAACAAAUAUUGAUAUUGGUUAUAAGCCUCGAGGACUCAAGUGGAAUGGUGGAGAUGCUGUCACUGGUUCACAGUUGCAACGUAUCACUCAGUCAAGGAAAAACAAGCGUGGAACAUCUAGUGCACCAAAGAAUGCCUAAUUUAUGUAUUUAUGUAGACUAGUCACUUUUUGGUUGUGUAAUUAGCAGCAGAAAUUUGUAUUGACUGCUUUAAAACUUGGAGCUCACUAGAGCAAAUUAAUGGCAUGAAUGAUCAAUUUUAACUGCUUUUGAGACA